CCGGUGCGCGGCGCGGAGAGCAGCCGGCGGCCGGCGGCGGGGAGCGCAGCCCUGCGCCCGGGGAGGCAGCGGCUCCGGCGCCGCGGUCCCUCGCGGAGGCGGAGAGGAUGAGGAUGGCUUCUGGCUUUUUUUUUUGCGUCCUCGCGACGAUUUCCAUAGUAACCUGAUCGAGCGGUGCAAUUUCGGAAACUGGGGUGGCUUUAUUAUUAUUAUCUUUUUUUCCCCCCUAUUUUUUCCCCGCUUCUCCCCCCAGCUCCCCGAGGAGUGCCAGCCGGCAGGUCCACAGUCACGAUGUAAUCUCCUGUAAAAUGGAAACCUAUGAAGAAAGAUACAGAUAGCAGUUGGAAUUAAAAGUAGUGGACAAAUAUUUCUCUUCUUAAGCAUCAACUUUUUAAAACGCUAUGGUGAUUUGGAAAGUCCCAAGAGUGAACUGCAAAGUUUUCCUCAGCUCAGUCGAUGGGUUUCUUAGUCAUUUCUCCAAGUCAUUGAUGUUCAGAGAUGGUGUGUGAUGGAAAAAAAGCACCAUGUCUCUGUGUUCAUAGCUCCUGUUUUUUGGAUUAGUUUGCUGCAUUGCUGAAUCGAUUUCAUUUUGAAGGGCAAGGAGUGAAUGUGAUGGAUUUAUCUUCAGAGAUGAACAAACAUGGAAGGAAUCCAAUAAGUCACAAACUAGAAGAUCAAAAGAAGAUUUACACUGACUGGGCUAACCACUACCUAGCAAAAUCUGGCCACAAGCGGUUGAUCAAGGAUUUGCAACAGGACAUUGCAGAUGGAGUUCUGCUAGCAGAAAUCAUCCAGAUUAUCGCAAAUGAAAAGGUUGAAGAUAUCAAUGGCUGUCCCCGGAGCCACUCUCAAAUGAUUGAGAAUGUUGAUGUCUGCCUUAGCUUUCUGGCAGCCAGAGGCGUAAAUGUCCAAGGUCUUUCUGCAGAAGAAAUACGGAAUGGAAAUUUGAAAGCCAUUUUAGGGCUGUUUUUCAGUUUGUCUCGGUACAAACAGCAGCAACAUCAUCAGCAACAGUACUACCAGUCUUUGGUGGAGCUACAACAGCAAGUCCCUUCAACUUCACCUGAAAUCAGCCAGUCCAAAACACACCAAGAUAUGCAGUCAAGUCUCACAACCAGAUAUGCAACUCAGUCUAAUCACAGUGGAAUUGCAACCAGUCAAAAAAAGGCUUCUAGGCUUCCAGGACCCUCACGAGUGCCAGCUGCAGGCAGCAGUACCAAAGUCCAGGGAGCUUCCAAUUUAAAUCGGAGAAGUCAGAGCUUUAACAGCAUUGACAAAAACAAGCCCCCACAAUAUGCAAAUGGAAAUGAAAAAGCAGAUUCACCAAAAGGCCCUCACCCAUCUGCAGGCAUGAAUGGAAAUGUGCAGCAUCCCACCAGCACUGGGCAGCAGCAGGUCUCUGCCAUACCCUCUCCAAGUGCCAGCAAGCCUUGGCGCAGCAAAUCCAUGAAUGUCAAACACAGCGCGACCUCUACCAUGCUGUCUGUGAAGCAGCCUAGUCCCGCAACCUCCCCUACUCCAACUUCAGACAGGCUCAAGCCACCACCUUCUGAAGGUGUGAAGCCCCCUUCGUCUGGACAAAAAUCUAUGCUGGAAAAAUUCAAGCUGGUUAAUGCUAGGACUGCUCUGAGACCUCCUUUGUCACUGAGCUCAGGACCCAGUGACAGUGGGAGAGAGGAUGAUACCUUUUCAGAGUGUGGUGAAACCGAUGUCUUAAGUGGUGGGGUGAACAGCGGCGGCUCGACAAGUAGCAGUCCUAAAGUAUCACCGAAGUUAACCCCUCCGAAAGCUGGCAGCAAAAAUCUCAGCAAUAAAAAGUCUUUGCUACAGCCAAAGGACAAAGAGGAAAAGAACAGGGACAAAAACAAAGUUUGCACUGAGAAAGCAGUCAAGGAAGAGAAGGAUCAGGUUAUUGAAACAUCUACGAAGAAGAGCUCAAAAAUUGCAAGCUUAAUCCCAAAAGGAAGCAAGGCAACAGCAGCCAAGAAGGAAAGUUUAAUAUUAUCUUCUAGUGGGAUCCCAAAACCUGGAUCAAAGGUGCCAACAGCAAAGCAGAGCACUUCCUCCACAUGCACGGGAAGUAAGGAGGUUGAAAAACUGAGGACUACAAAAGGAAACCAGUCCCAGUCAACAGCAAAAUCUCAGCUUAGCGAGAAGGCUUCUCCUUCCUCUGGUCUUGCUUCUUCUGAAGGGAAGGAGCCAAGUGCAGGAUCCUCUGCAGCUCUGUCAGCCUCGAUGGCUGCAAGUAGUGGUCAAGGCACAGGAAAUGGUGUUGUCCAGCUUCCUCAGCAACAGCAAUACAGCCACCCCAACACUGCCACAGUAGCUCCAUUCAUUUAUAGAACUCUCUCAGAAAAUGACAGUACCUCUUUACCAACUGCUGACUCCUGCACCAGUCCUACCAAAAUGGAUUUGUCGUUUAGUAAGACUGCCAAACAGUGCCUAGAGGAGAUAUCUGGGGAAGACCCUGAAGCAAGAAGAAUGAGAACUGUAAAGAAUAUAGCAGACCUGAGACAGAAUUUGGAAGAAACCAUGUCCAGUCUUAGAGGAACCCAAAUAAGCCACAGCACAUUGGAGACAACUUUUGACAGCACUGUGACAACUGAAGUGAACGGUAGAAGCAUACCAAGCUUGUCAAACCGAUCAGCCCCAGUGACUUGGAGGCUGGGGCAGGCCAGUCCUCGGCUGCAGGCAGGAGAUGCCCCGUCCUUGGGCGCUGGUUAUCCUCGCAGCAGUGCAAGUCGCUUCAUACACACAGACCCUUCUCGAUUCAUGUACACCACUCCGCUCCGCCGAGCAGCUGUUUCUCGCCUCGGAAAUAUCUCACAGAUCGACAUGAGUGAGAAAGGAAGUGGUGAUUUGGACAUAUCCUCUGAAGCUGAUGUUGGUGGCUAUAUGAGUGAUGGAGACAUUCUUGGGAAAAGCCUGAGGACUGAUGACAUCAACAGUGGGUACAUGACGGAUGGAGGACUCAACUUAUAUACGAGAAGUCUGAACCGAAUACCAGACCUAGCUGCCUCUCGAGACGUCAUUCAGAGAGGGGUUCAUGAUGUGACUGUGGAUGCAGACAGCUGGGAUGACAGCAGCUCAGUUAGUAGUGGCCUCAGUGACACUCUUGACAACCUCAGCACGGAUGAUUUGAAUACGACCUCAUCUGUCAGCUCUUAUUCCAAUAUAACAGCCUCUUCAAGGAAGAACACUCAUGCCCAGCUGAAGACGGACUCAGAGAAGCGCUCAGUUACAGACAGCGAAACUUGGGGCAGCACUGAAGAACUGAAGAAACCAGAGGAAGACUUUGACAGCAGUGUAGACAGCAGUGGCAAGUGGAAAGGCCUUCCCUCAGGGCUGUCUGAAGAGUCAGAGAAGGGGGGGCAGAAAGCAUCUGUCUCUAUAUCACAGACUGGAUCUUGGAGAAGAGGUAUGACUGCACAAGUAGGAACAGCUCAGUCCAGGCACAAAGCAGGAACAAGCGCGCUCAAGACCCCAGGAAAAACCGAUGAUGCAAAAGCUUCAGAAAAAGUGAAAACUCCCCUGAAAGGAGCCUCCAUACAGCGCUCUCCAUCGGAUGCAGGAAAAAGCAGUGGCGAUGAAGGAAAAAAGCCUCCCUCUGGCAUUGGGAGAUCAACUGCUACAGGGUCAUUUGGAUUUAAGAAGUCUGGGUUGGGAUCUUCUACCAUAAUCACUGCAAGUGGAGCGACCAUCACAAGCGGGUCAGCAACUCUAGGAAAAAUGCCAAAAUCUUCAGCCAUCAGUGGGAAGUCCAACGCAGGGAGGAAAACGAGCUUAGAUGGUUCCCAAAACCAGGAUGAUGGCAUCCUGCAUGUGAGCUCAAAGACAACUCUACAAUAUCGAAGUUUACCUCGCCCAUCAAAAUCCAGCGGCAGUGGGAUCCCUGGCAGGGGCGGCCACCGUUCCAGCACCAGCAGCAUCGACUCCAAUGUGAGCAGCAAGUCUGCAGGUGCUGCUGCCACCAAGCUGCGAGAGCCAAGCAAGAUUGGGUCUGGGCGGUCCAGCCCUGUCACCAUCAACCAGACAGACAAGGAAAAGGAGAAAGUGGCUGUGUCCGAUUCUGAAAGUGUCUCACUGUCCAGUUCUCCUAAAUCCAGCCCAACUUCGGCAAGCGCCUCUGGCACACCAGGACUUAGACAGCCAGGAUCCAAAUACCCGGAUAUUGCUUCCCCUACGUUUCGAAGGUUGUUUGGUGCCAAGGCAAGUGGUAAAGCUGCCUCUGCACCCAGUACUGAAGGUGUGAAACCCACAUCGGCAAUGCCCAGCCCUAGUACCACAUUGGCACGGCAAGGCAGCCUGGAAUCGCCAUCCUCGGGCACAGGCAGCAUGGGCAGUGCAGGUGGGCAAAGUGGUAGCAGCAGCCCCCUCUUCAGUAAACCUUCGGACUUAAAUGCAGAUGUUGUAAGCUUAAGUCACUCCUUGGCUUCCAGUCCUGCCUCAGUGCACUCUUUUACAUCAGGUGGUCUUGUGUGGGCUGCAAACCUGAGCAGCUCUUCAGCGGGCAGUAAGGAUACACCAAGUUACCAGUCCAUGACUAGCCUUCACACCAGUUCCGAGUCUAUUGACCUUCCUCUUAGCCAUCAUGGCUCUCUCUCUGGACUGACAACAAGCACUCAGGAGGUUCAGAGCCUGCUCAUGAGGACUGGAAGCGUCAGAUCUACUCUUUCGGAAAGAUAUACGCCAUCAUCCCGGCAGACAAGUCAGGAGGAAGGCAAGGAAUGGCUACGCUCCCAUUCAACUGGAGGCCUGCAAGACACUGGCAGUCAGUCCCCGCUUGUUUCUCCUUCAGCUAUGUCUUCAUCUGCAACUGGAAAAUAUCACUUUUCCAACCUUGUGAGUCCUACCAACCUGUCACAGUUCAACCUUCCUGGACCCAGUAUGAUGCGUUCAAACAGCAUCCCUGCACAAGACACUUCUUUUGAUUUAUAUGAUGACUCCCAACUGUGUGGCAGUGCUACGUCCUUAGAAGAGAGACCAAGAGCGAUUAGUCAUUCAGGUUCAUUCAGGGACAGCAUGGAAGAAGUACAUGGGUCCUCAUUAUCGCUUGUCUCCAGCACAUCCUCCCUCUACUCUACGGCAGAAGAAAAAGCACAUUCAGAGCAAAUUCAGAAACUGCGGAGAGAGUUGGUUGCAUCACAAGAGAAAGUUGCUACGCUUACUUCUCAACUUUCAGCAAAUGCUCAUCUAGUAGCAGCUUUUGAAAAAAGCUUGGGAAAUAUGACAGGGCGAUUGCAGAGUCUAACAAUGACAGCUGAACAAAAGGAGUCUGAGCUUAUAGAGCUGAGGGAAACCAUUGAAAUGCUGAAAGCCCAGAAUUCUGCUGCACAAGCUGCUAUUCAAGGAGCCUUGAACGGUCCUGAUCAUACCCACAAAGAUUUACGUAUAAGGCGGCAACAUUCUUCAGAAAGUGUUUCCAGUAUCAACAGUGCUACAAGUCAUUCAAGCAUUGGCAGUGGUAAUGACGUUGAUUCCAAGAAAAAGAAAAAGAAAAACUGGCUAAGAAGCUCUUUCAAACAGGCCUUUGGAAAGAAGAAGUCCACCAAACCUCCUUCCUCACAUUCGGACAUUGAAGAGCUGACAGACUCCUCCCUUCCUUCCUCACCUAAAUUGCCCCACAGCUCAGGAGAAUGUGGGGCAACGUCAAUGAAACCAUCCCAGUCAGCAUCUGCGAUCUGUGAGUGCACAGAGGCAGAGGCUGAAAUUAUUCUUCAGCUAAAAAGUGAGCUGAGGGAGAAGGAGCUAAAAUUAACGGAUAUUCGUCUUGAAGCCCUCAGCUCUGCACACCAUCUGGAUCAGAUUCGGGAAGCUAUGAACCGCAUGCAGAAUGAAAUUGAGGUAUUGAAAGCUGAAAAUGAUCGUUUAAAAGCAGAGACUGGAAAUACUGGAAAGCCUACCCGGCCAUCAUCGGGGUCAUCAAGCAGCACAUCAUCUUCUUCAUCACGGCAGUCACUAGGACUUUCUUUGAACAAUUUAAACAUCACAGAAUCUGUCACAUCAGAUAUUUUGUUGGAUGAUGUCACUGAUGGAACACUCAACAAAGAAGGUCACAGUGUGAAAAUUUUAGUCACUAUAAACAAGGGCUACAGUCGAGCCAAGGAUCAAAAACCACAUGCAUACCUAAUAGGAUCAAUUGGAGUCAGUGGGAAAACAAAAUGGGAUGUUUUAGAUGGUGUAAUCAGACGUCUCUUUAAGGAAUAUAUUUUCCGAGUGGAUCCAACUACUAGCCUGGGUUUAAACUCUGAUUGCAUUGCUAGCUAUUGUAUAGGGGAUGUAAUUAGAGCCCAUAGCCUAGAAGUGCCUGAACUGCUGCCUUGUGGAUAUCUGGUUGGAGAUAAUAACAUCAUCACUGUGAACCUGAAAGGAGUGGAAGAAAACAGUUUGGACAGUUUUGUGUUUGACACAUUAAUUCCUAAGCCAAUUACCCAACGGUACUUUAAUUUACUGAUGGAGCAUCGCAGAAUUAUUCUGUCGGGACCCAGUGGCACAGGAAAGACCUAUUUAGCUAACAGGAUGGCUGAAUAUGUUAUAACCAAAUCUGGCAGGAAAAAAACUGAGGAUGCAAUUGCAACUUUUAAUGUAGAUCACAAGUCAAGCAAGGAUCUGCGACAAUACCUAGCAAACCUAGCUGAGCAAUGCAGUGCAGACAACAAUGGUGCUGACCUUCCUGUCGUCAUAAUUCUUGAUAACCUCCACCACAUCGGUUCACUAAGUGACAUCUUCAAUGGUUUCCUCAACUGUAAAUAUAAUAAAUGUCCCUAUAUUAUUGGAACCAUGAACCAGGGAGUUUCUUCUUCACCAAAUCUGGAGCUGCAUCACAAUUUCAGGUGGGUGCUGUGUGCUAAUCACACAGAGCCUGUUAAAGGUUUCUUAGGCAGAUAUUUGAGAAGGAAACUGAUUGAAACUGAAAUAGAAAAGAACAUACGCAAUAAUGAGCUCAUGAAAAUCAUUGACUGGAUUCCCAAAACAUGGCAUCAUCUCAACAGCUUCCUAGAAACACACAGCUCUUCAGAUGUAACCAUUGGUCCCCGUCUCUUCCUCCCUUGCCCUAUGGAUGUUGAUGGCUCCAGAGUGUGGUUCACAGACCUGUGGAACUAUUCCCUGGUACCAUAUCUUCUGGAAGCUGUGAGAGAAGGACUUCAGAUGUACGGAAAGAGGGCACCCUGGGAGGACCCCUCCAAGUGGGUAGCUGAUACCUAUCCAUGGAGCUCUGCAUCUCAACAGCAUGAGUGGCCAUCACUACUUCAGUUAAGACCUGAAGAUGUUGGUUAUGAAGGUUAUGCAUCAGCAAAGGAAGGAACAACCUCUAAGCACGUUCCACAGACUGAUACAGAGGGGGAUCCCUUGAUGAGUAUGCUAAUGAGGCUUCAAGAGGCAGCCAACUAUUCGAGCGCACAAAGCUGUGACAGUGAUAGCACCAGCCACCAUGAUGACAUUUUGGAUUCAUCCCUCGAAUCAACUCUCUGAAAGGGACAAAUCUUAGUGGAGGAUUAUGGUAAAAUCUGUUUCCACAAGACCACUGCCAGUAUUAAAGCAGCACGCCGAGGUCCCUGAGUCAGAAUGGUGUGUUGUAGGUAGGCAGGAGACCUAACUCUGCAAAGUCAGGAAGAAAAAUUGAAGUGGAAAGCUUGAAUUAGUUUAAUUUCAAGGCAUUUUAAUACCUGUGGAGCCAAGCGAGACUCCAUUUGUCAACUGGAAAGUGCCCUAGACCAAGGGCAUCUAAGCAGAUUGCACACGUGUUAGCCAAACUGGAAUAUUUUUUUUUUCCCUUUUCCUGUUUCUCUCUCUCUGUCUCUGUUUCUCUGUACAAGUUUGCAGUGAAACUUCCUUUUUUUUUUUUUUUCUUUUAGUUUAUCCUGAGGCACUGCAUGAACAAUGCAGUCUUCUAAUUCUCUUGUAACCUCUGUUGUGCCACAUGGUGCUGGUCACAGGACGGCAGCGGUGUUUGUGUUAUACACUACUGCCCAUUCCAAAACGAGUCAAAGAUGAUAGUAACUCAGAAAGCACAAACAGUAUUGUGCAAUCACCAGAAAACAUGACUGUGAUAUGCUGGAUAAGUGCCAAUUUAAUUCUAACUGCCAUGGUCACGGUGAUGCGCUCCAUCAAGUUUUUAGUACACGAGUCACAGAUUUUAUAAAGUUGUUUUUACCACAAGGGUCUUUUUUAACCACCUGCCCACUCCUUAACAACAGUUUUAUACCAAUUAUUAACCAACACUGAUUAAAGGCUUUUUAGGGCUUCAUUUGUUUGAGCCUUUUCAGUGAAAGAAGGAACAUUUCUUAUGGUGCUGUCUCACUGCCUUAAAACAGAUUUCUAGAACAGUUUUACAGUUUGGUUUAAUUCCUAAACCAUCAGUAAUUUACACUGUUUUUUCUUCAUUUACUAAUGAGAAAACAUCAGUUAACAUAGUAGCCUCAUACCUGUAUAUCAUGAUUUUUUAAAGUAAUGGAUACGAGAAAGAACAGUUGCUAUAUAAUAUUUUUAUCUUGUGAAUAGAUUGCUCUGCCUACCCUCAGAAAUACACAAGGAACCCAAACCCACUUCUACUGCCACUUAAAUGCUGACAAAAUCAGCUCAAAUUCAUUUAGUCCCAUGGAAUGGAAUUUUUGAAGGAUAGAUGUUUUGAAUACUUAUCCAGCAGAGCUGGAUACACUUGAUGCAGCAUGAGCACAAAUAUAUGGUUUUUUUUUCCUUUUUCUAGUUUCAGCAUGUUGUUUUGAUUGCAAUUGUUGUACCUGAAGAAUUCAGCAUAAAAGAACACUGAAGCAGUGAUGUCCACUGUGGAAGAGGAAGAGUUUAUACUGUAAAAGUGGGUUGGUUUUGCACAGUCUACUGGGUGGGUAUUGUAAAUAUUGAGAAAACAAACAAACAAACAAACAAAAAAAAGCCUUGCACAAAUCAAAAACAAACAAAAAAUGUAUUUUAUUCUGUUGGUGUUAAGAAAUGUUUCACUUGCUGAGAUUUCCCAUAUAUUGCAAACAAAUACAAGAAUGCAAACCUUAAAAGCUGUUAUUACCUGGUGUGUUUGUCAUGUACUUACAAUUAUUAUGACUAUGCAGGAGCUAUCAUUGAUACAGUCAGCACGUUUCACUAUCUAUCUGAAGCAAAUACAUUUUGGGGGGGAAAAGUCUGAAAAUGUUUUAAGUCCAUAUGUCACGGCAGGCUACAAACAGAUUGCAUUCAGACUGCUCAGAGUAUUCAAAAAUGCUCUUUUACCAUAAGAGGCAUGAGGUUGAAAUAGGUGCACAUGAACAAGAAGGUACCUAAGGGCUUUGGCAUUGUGUAGACAUGUACUGUACACCUCCAUGGAUGUCACCUUCAGGAUGUGUAUCUGGUGCUAUUAACUCCUUGUGGCUGUCCUGUGGCCACUUGCUGUAACUCAAAGAAAUCAAUGCAGUUUCCAAAUGGCACUCAGCUGCAUCGCUGAAUCUAGAGGUCCCUACGCGGUGCUACUGCCCUAAUAAAACUGAAUUUAUGCAUGUAGGAUUCAGUCAAACCAACAUCAUGCCCCCCAAAUCUGGAUCCGUUUCUGAUGCAAAAUAUGACCUCAUACACCUUAACUGACUCAAAGAACUAAAACAAAGCUGCUCUUUCUUAUACCUGUGCUCUGAGUAAACCUGCUAAUCUUUUCCUGCCAUAUUUAGCUCACAAACACACAAUAUUACAUAUACAAAACUUCCUGCAAUACAUCUCAGUGAGUCCACCUAGUUUACAACUCAGAAAUUGUUUGUGAAGCAUUUGUCUGUACACAUUUUAUAUUUUGUACAUUUUUGAUGUAACAUAUCAUGUAAAUAGACAGAAACAGUGAAAUAAAUCAUCUGAAAAUUUUUGUAGUCUUUGUAAAACCCUAAUAAUAAGUAUUUGGUGUCAUCGGACUUAACUGGAUGAUGUAUUUUCUAUUGGUUUAUUGUUCCUCUAGCUUGUAAACCAGCUUGCGUAUAUUUUUUUGCAGGUGUGCACACUGUAUCUGUCUAAAUUAUUACUUUGCCAUUAAAGUGGAAUUAUUUAUUGAAAA